CUGUAUAGCCUUUUCUCUUUUCCUCAAUAAUAAAAAAGAAAAAAUGUUGGAUUAUUUUGCUAAAAGAAAUUUCUCAAUUGAACAAAUUCCUGAUUUAACAGGUAAAAUCGCUAUCAUCACUGGCAGUAGUACUGGUAUCGGUAAAGUCUGUGCCUUGGAAAUGGCCAGAAAAGGGUGUACAGUAGUUCUUGCUUGUCGUAAUCAAGAAAAAACAAAGACAGUGGUUGAAGAAAUUAAAGCGGAGACAGGAAAUCAAAAUGUUGACUUCAUCCAGCUUGACUUGCUCAAACUGGAUUCAGUAACCAAGUUUGCCCAAGAGUUCAAAUCCCGUUAUACACACCUUCACAUUUUGCUGAACAAUGCGGGUGUUAUGAUGAGUCCAUUUGCUUUAUCCGAAGAUGGAAUCGAAAGCCAAUUUGCUACAAACCAUGUUGCUCAUUACUAUUUAACCAUGCUGUUAUUACCUGUUUUAGAAUGUUCUACUCCCAGUCGUAUCGUCAAUGUCAGUUCAAUGGCUCACAAUAUUCAUUUUAAGAAAUUAAAUUUGGAGACUAUCAGCGAUCCUAAAAAGUACAACAGAACUAUCCAUUACGCAAAAUCUAAGACCUGUAAUAUUUUAUUUACAAGAGAGCUUACCAAGCGUUUAGAGGCUAAAGGAUCAAAUGUUUUUGUCAAUGCCAAUCACCCAGGCAUUGUUGCCAGCGAUCUCUCGCGUCAUAUCGUAGGCAUCAACUCUUUAGGCUCAUACCUUUAUAACAAACUUCUGUGUAUCUCAGCAGAAGACGGGGCCCUUACGCAACUUUAUUUAGCCACCAGUCCCGAUGUAGAAAAUGAGAAAAUCAAGGGAAAAUACUACGUUCCAUUCGCCAAUGUUCAACUCCCUAACGGUGUGGCUUCUCAAGAUGAUACCCCUUUGGAGUUAUGGAAUUUUACUGAGAAUCUUUUGAAAGAAAAGGUGAAGGGCUAUGAAGGUGCUCCCAUCUAAGCUUCUUUUGCUGACUUGCUUCCUUUAUUAACAAGUACUAUUUAAAACGGCCCAUUUGGGUCGAUACAAAUGAAAUGAAUAAAUACAAAUCUUACUCAUUACAAAUAA